UACAACCAGAGGGUCGGCGCUACGCUGCUGCUUAUCAGCUGUAACCUCCUGAAGUAGUCUCCAGCGGUGUACGGGUCGGCUAAUCUGGUCCCAUUGAUUAAUGUUAACUUUCUCAACUAACACUCGUGAUCCUGGAGAGUGAAUGACAGUCAUACUGAGAGACACUAGUAUUUUCUUCAGCCAUUGUUAAAGAAACAAGCCAACAAUACUUGUUAGCCAGCGUUAGCUAACGUGUUCAGAAAAUUAUUCUGCCUCCACUUAACGUUCCACUUUGGCCGUCUCCAUCUUGGUUUUUGGCUGUCACCAUCUGGGUUUUUGGCCGUCGUCAUCUUGGUUAUCUAGGUAAGACCACCUGUGAGAGCUCAGAGAACACAGAACCCUACUGAAAGGUCUGGAUUUUCCCAUUCAGACCCUGAAAGCACCACAGUGGAAGGAGGAGGAGGACGUCCCACUUUCUGUUCCACACCUGAUCUUGCUGUGACCUGACCACACAACCAGGUACACAGGUAUACAGGUGUGGUUACCUGGGUGGGUGUGUCAGAUAAAGCGUCUCAGCCUUCUGCUUCAGUAUCAACAAACAGAGGAACAAUAGAUCCCUGCUCAGGUGUGUCUCUGUGAACAAUUAGAAUCGGAGCAGUCAGGCAGGUUCGUUCAGUCCCAUCUGAUUCAGACGUUAUGUGGAACAACAAGCUGCACGCUGGAUCACCACUAUAUGCUUAACUGAAGAGUGUUACCUGCCGACAUGUGACAGGGCUCCCGUAGGGGCCUCGGGUAGCUCCAACAUCCAGGACAUGGAGCUGAGGGAGGAGUGGCAGGACGACGGCUUCCCCAGGCCUCUCCCAGAGGAUUGUGGGAGUCCAGAGGAGACAGAGAGCCCGUCGGGCGGCGAGGAGCGACCAGCCCCGCCCACCAGCCUCGCCCUAUCAGGGGCUAAGAAGCGCCUGGUGGCCCCGCCACUCAGCCUCACUCUGAGCGGCAAAGACUCUCACGACCAGAGUAACGACGGUUUCUCCGCCGCUGCGCUGUCGACGACGCCGGAAGAGACGCCGUCACUCGAUAUCAACCUGGAGGCUCUGGAGACGCCGUCAGGCAGUGAGACGGGAACGCUGCCAGACAGCACCCAUGACCUGGAGUGGGAGGAUGACCUCCCCCGGACUGUGAGGGCUGGGGGCGUUGCCGAGGGCGUGGCCAGGAGCCCGGUGGAGCAGUCAGAGGGUCUGAUGGAGCUGGACCAGGUGGACAACACGGGGCGCCGCUGGAGGAAGUUCUCCAUCUCCGGACAUGAAUGCCACGUCGACAUGAGCGUCCUUGAGCCGUACCUGCAGGUCCUGUCACACGGAGGUUACUAUGGAGACGAGAUGAACGCUGUCAUCCUGUUCACCUCCUGCUACCUGCCGGAGAACACGGUGGAGGACUACGAGUACGUCAUGGACAACCUGUUCAGUUACAUCGUGGGGACGUUGGACCUGAUGGUCUCAGAGAACUACCUGCUGGUCUACCUGUGUGCCAUGGCUCCUAGAAACAAGCUGCCGUCCAUCAAAUGGCUCCAUCAGUGCUACAUCUCCAUUGACAGGAGGCUGAAGAAGGACCUGAAGGGGCUGCUGUUCGUCCAUCCGGCCUGGUACAUCAGAGCUCUCCUCACUGUGGUCAAACCCUUCAUCAGUGAGAAGUUCAGCAGGAAGAUUCGGUUCAUCCAGAGUCUGAAUGAACUGUCUCAGAUCCUCCCCACAGACAGACUGCAGAUCCCAGACGCAAUACGCCAGUACGAUGAGAAGUUGAACAGAUGACGAUCACAGAGAUCGACAGACUGGAUGGAUCCUAAAGGUCAAAGGUCACCAGGAGCCUCUCAGCCUGAUGACCUUUGACCUCCUGCCUGUACAGAACAAACACAAAGACUCUGGGUUUAUUUAUACUGUCUUUAAAUCAGGGGAGGGUAAGUUAAACGUCUGGUUCUCCUGCAGCUUCAGACUCAGAAGGUCUACCUGUGGACCCUCGCCAGGUGAGAACAGGUGGAGUUGGGUUUUACAUCUCAGUCUGAAGCUGUUGUAGGAAACCAUCAUGUGUCUGUAUUAAGUUUGUAUUUGUAGACUUUAAUACAGCAGCUGAACACUAAAGUUAAAGCACAUUGAACAGGUGUUUUACCUGUUGCACUUACAUGUACCUGUAAUAAAAGCAUCGAUCAAACCUUUUUUAACUAAA